CAUGUCGAAUAUUUUUUGGAACUAUUCAGACAAACUUCUCAUCUAUUUCUAAUUUUGUUCGGUGUAUUAUCCUGCUAUAUAUUUUUUUAAUAAGUUAUCCUGCUAUAUUUAAAAAAAAAAAACUGUAAAGAAAAUUGUUACUGCAAAAAAAGAGAGACUAGGGAUAAAAAUUGGUCGUUUCUUAUUGUGUGACAACAAAAUAUAUAAUGUUUAGUCAAAAAAAGCCAAAAUAUAUAAUGUUACUUCAAAAAAACCCGUACUAGAGAUAAAAAAACAAUUGGUCGUUUCUUCUUGUCUGACAGGAUUUUCUCUGUGGGCGGGACUAUCCGUUGGGAGACUAGCCUCUUGUUUCUGAUCACUGACGCAACCAUGGAGCAAUAUUCAAUUCUCCAAUAAACUGUUUUUAAUAUAUGCAUUUAUACAUAUUCGAAUAUGCAACAUUGGCCGGUAUGUACAACGGGGGUUUUUAAUAAAUCCUAAAGUACAAAUCCUUCACUAUUAACCAUAUAAUAUUAAUAUUAAACUCAUAUUGCUUAAGGAUCAAUCUUUUCCUAAGGAUUUUUUUGCGUGAAUCCUUGUUGACGUGGCAGUUGAGUUCUGUCUAUCGCAUGAAGGGUUUCCCGUGUUCGUGUCAUUUGUAGUGGAGAGGAGAAAAAAAAAGUUUGUCUCUGCAAUUGGCGAUUCGCUCCCUCCGGGUAGGAUUGAUGAAUCGACGGGUUGUUAUGUUCUUUCUCCUCUGAUUCUUUGGAUUUACAUAGGGUUUCAUGUGGUUUUCUUCGCAAAUUAGGUUACGGAAUUGGGGAUUAGGGUUUUCAAUCGAAUCGGGUUCAUCACAAUAAAUAUUUCAAUUUAAUAAAUAAAUAUUUCAAUUUAACAUGUUUUAAUUUUUUUUUAAAAAAUUAAAAAUAUUUUCAAAUUUAUUAUUUUUUUAUUCUUAAGGAUUCCUAAUGAAUAACACCAUUGGACAUACUUAUUUGAUUAGAAUCCUUAACUAUUUUGAAAAAAAAUAAUAAUAAUAUAAUAUACCUAAGGAUUCCAAUGGUGAGUACACCAUUGGAGAUGCCCUAAGUUAUCAAUACAUGAAAGAGUUAGUUUGACAAAAAAAAAACAUUAUUAGAUUAUCAGCAUAUCACAAACUUUUAACCGCUAAAACAUUUCUAUCACAGAUAAUAACUCAAAAUUUCAUAUAAACUAGAUUAUUUUUUGUUUGAAAUAAUUUUUAAAUGAAAAUUCUAAUUUCAUAUAUUAUUAUAUAUUUUUGAAGUUAUAAAUUUUAUUUUAUUUGUUUUUAAAUUGCAGUACACUAUAUAGUAUUUUAAUUUAAACAAUUGAAAUUUAGCAUGAGAAAAAAAUAAAACUGUAAUAUUUAUUUUGUUAUAACUGUCUAUUUUAGUUUUCGAUCUUAAAUUUAUGAAUAAAUGGUGAAAAGUUAUUUUGCUAUGUAUAAUAAUUUAUUUUGUUAUGUAUAAUAUAUUUACUGUUUGUUCUUGUGAAAAAUAUUUUGAAUACAUAUUACAAAGCUUUAGUUAUAUUUUUAGGUUCUAACCUGUUUUAUGACGUGAUAUUCGAAAAAUUAUAAUAUUUUAACUUUACUAAAUAUAUUCAAAAGUUAAUAUGUAUUUUAUUAAUUUAUAUUUAAAAUAUUAUGAAAUGAAAUGCGAUAUUAUAUUUUAAAUCCCUUUCGUACUGGUACAUUCUUAUAAUGAUUUUAUAAAAAAAAAAUAAUAUUUUUGUUCAAUCCCUUUGUACUUGAUUAAUACUUUAAAUAUGUAUUUAUAUGGAUUUGAUAAAUAUGGUAUCUUUGGGUGCAGCCUAAUUUUUACUUUAAUUUUAUUUUUAAAAGCUUUUAUGUCUGAAUUUACUGAAAAUAUUUACAUACAAUUUUAUAAAUCUUUCAAAAGAGUUGCACAAUAACGUUCAUCCCUCACAUAAAAUAAUGCUUGUUCAUCCAACAUAUACAUUUUUGUUGACAAUGGCACACUUGUAAAUUUAUGAAUAAAUUGUGAAAAUUUAUUUUGUUAUGUAUAAUAUAUUAGUUAUUUACCGUUUGUGCUUAUGAAAAAUAUUUGGAAUAUCUACUGCAACCCUUUAUUUAUAUUUUUAGAUUUUAACCCAUUUUAUGAUGCGAGAUUGAAAAAUAAAACAUAAUAACAUAUAAAAUCUACUUUGAAACACUAAUAAAAACAACUUUUAAAUUAUUUGUUUUCUAAUAAAAAUUAUAACUUCAAUCGAAUUUUAUCAAAGUUGUAAAAAAUGUCCAAAAUCAAGUAAGCAUUAAAUUAAAUGAUAACACAAUCUGAGAGUUUAGUAGACUUUAACUUAGUUUGAGUUUUGGUUGGUUGUCAUGCGUUAAGAAAGACGUUGACAGUUAUUUUUUGAAAAUAUUUUAAUCGAUAGACUUAUUAUGUACCAUCUAAACCUAAGGCCACCAUUAACCAUGUCUCUUAAGUGGGUUCUUAAGAGGUGGAUCCCACAAUUUUAUUAAAAACCAGCUCCUCCUCCUCUUUUGCAAGAGGCGACUUUGUUUGGGUUUUUGUACUGUUUGUGGGCCCCACUGACACGUGGCGGUCUGCGAUUGGUUCGUUUUUAAUUUUUUUUUUUAAAUCAGACAAAAAAUAAUAAUAAGAACCUUUUAGGGCUAAUCAUGCUCUAACUAAGAUAGUAUUAGAUAUAAUUCAAUAAAACAUGGUUAUUUUUGUAUUUGUAACGUCUAUGGCUAAUGGUCACUCCGUCUAGGGAUUCCAUCAUGUGCGCAACGGAUUGUGUAUUAUAUUCGAGAAUUUCGAAAAGAUGUUUAUUGGCAUACGAUCACUGCAUGAUUAUUUUCCGUAUCAAUUCAUUUUUUUUCCUAAAUAGAUCACCGUAUACCAAAAAUCCAGAUGCUAUUCAAGAAUUAGGUUUAUUUAGGUUUAUUUACAAAACAAAAAGUAGUCAGAAUUUGCCGAAAAAAAUGGAUCAAACAAUGCGGCAGAGAAAUCAAAUGGAAUAGGGACAAAAUAUGAUUACACCAAAGCAUUGAGAAUCCUACCGAAAGCACACAGCCUACACUCAAAAAGAAAUCAAAUUAGUGAUUCAAAAGUACGUAAAUAAGAGAAAUGGCAAACACAGAGCCAGCGACAGUUACCAACAAGCAAAUCAUAUUCUCAGGUUAUGUGAGUGGAUUCCCGAAGGAAUCCGAUCUAAAAGUCACCACAACCACCAUCGAUCUAAGGAUUCCAGAGAGAUCCACAUCAGUUCUGGUGAAGAAUCUUUACUUGUCUUGCGAUCCUUACAUGCGCAUUAGCAUGGGAAAGCCUGAGCCGUUGAGUUCUUCGCUCGUCCCACCGUUCAAUACCGGCGAGCCAAUCAUUGGCCUUGGAGUAUCUAAAGUGAUAGAUUCAGGACAUCCAGAUUACAAAAAAGGAGACUUACUCUGGGGAGUAGUUGGAUGGGAGGAGUACAGUGUUAUUACUCUAUUUCCUUACUCACAUUUUAAGAUCCAUCACACAGAUGUUCCAUUAUCUUACUACACUGGACUUCUUGGCAUGCCUGGUAUGACUGCUUAUGCUGGAUUUUACGAAAUUUGUUCACCUAAGAGAGGAGAGACUGUCUUCGUAUCAGCUGCAUCCGGUGCAGUUGGCCAGCUUGUUGGACAAUUUGCAAAGCUGGUGGGUUGUUAUGUCGUUGGAAGUGCCGGUAGUAAAGAAAAGGUUGAUCUUCUCAAGACAAAGUUUGGAUUCGACGACGCUUUCAAUUACAAGGAGGAGAAUGACCUUAACAUAGCCCUAAAGAGGUAUUUCCCGGAAGGGAUCGACAUAUAUUUCGAGAACGUGGGAGGUAAAAUGUUGGAUGCAGUGCUGAUAAACAUGAAGUUGAAUGGUCGUAUCGCAGUUUGUGGAAUGAUCUCACAGUAUAACUUAGUGGAUCCAGAAGGUGUACACAAUCUAACCACAAUCCUUUACAAGAGGAUAAAGGUUCAAGGCUUUGCCGUCUCUGAUUUCUACGACAAAUACUCGAAGUUUUUGGAUUUUGUGCUUCCUUACAUAAGACAAGGGAAGAUAACGUACGUCGAGGACAUAACUGAAGGACUCGAGAGUGGACCUUCUGCUCUGUUAGGGAUCUUCCACGGUAAGAACGUUGGUAAACAACUCUUUGUGGUUGCUCGUGAGUGAGAGACCACUAGCCACGAGAGUUCAGUUCCUUUGGUGACUUGUGACGGUUUGUUUUUGUUUGUUCGGACUAAUACAAUUUGAUAACCAGCUUAAUUAAAACAUACAGUUAUGUCUACUUAUAGCCUGUUAAAGUUUAUAUUGGGCCAAAAAGCCCAAUAAAAGAGUUUUCAUUGUGCUGUAUAAGCUUGCGGCCUUAUA